AUGGCACGGUCCAAGAGGUUCGGACGCGCAUCCUUCACGUUCCACGGACACGUGAACACGAACGCGUCAGCGUCCGAUGAUUCGUUCGCAUGUUGCAACCACUGUGCCACGCGACCGUACCGAAAUCAGGACCCGGAUAAAAGAACGCGGCUUUGUGAAUCCUUAGACGAGGGUGGAUUACUGCCAGAUAGCGGUGGUGUCGUGGAGAACGAUGUUGUGGUCGGCGAUGGCACCUGCGUGAACACCUGCGGCCUCCACCAACAUCAGCAGCAACACUCUCAAGGCCAUCGUUAUCGCCAGCAACAAUCACUUCAACAGCAACAAUCACAACCACAGCAACAGCAACAUUAUCAGCAACAACGUCAGCAGGAGGAGCUGGAGGACUUUCUGUGCUUUCGUGGACCACCGGAGCAAGAGAUGGUGGCCCAAGAAAUGGCACAGAGUUACACGCAGCUCCUCCAGCCGAGUCAAGAGCCGCAGGAGUUCAUCUCGUUGGAGGAGCUUCAUCCGCGUAUCCAUCAGGAGCACCGCGUUCACGAUAGCCGCGGUCAGGUCGUUUCGGCGAUCUCGUCGACCGGCAGCCAACUCUAUCAGCACCAUCAUCAGCACCAACAGCAGCAACAAGGCAGUUACUAUAACCUCUCGGCCGUUCAAGAGUAA